GGAAGUGGCCCCUCAGAAGUACUUACAUGCUCCGCCACCUGCAGCUCUGGUGAGCCCUGUAGGUAGCCAUGAGUUCCUGGGUCCAGACACCCCUGCUCCAGAUCCUGGAUACCCCAGUGUGUCAGGGUCCUCCUGAUCACUCAUUCCCUUGCGUUGGGAUUCACUGACCAGGAGCUGGUGAGUGGGGGGAACCACCAAGGGGAGGGGCUUGGGCCCCUAGGCCUAAAGGUUUGUGGUUAUGAGCCCCUGUGAGCAUGCAGAUACAUGUGUCUGUGUAGAUGUGAGGUGUGUACCCCACUUGCAAGGCUUGAGGGUGGCACCAAUGGCUGAGGCAGGUGGGUGCUGUAGUGUGGCCACAUGCUCAGGUCUCUGAGCGGACAUGGCAGAGAGGGGCCUACCUAUGCCUGAGGUUGGGUCGUCUGGUUGGAGGCUACACACCUUCCAUGAGGACAGGUACUCACAGGGGGAUGGCAGAGGGCCCACAAAGGGACUGACUGUGGGGUGCUGGGUUCUGGGGGCAGAGAUGUCUUCUGCAGGGAUUGCACUCUGUUCCACACUAAGACCUGGUAGGUGGCAGACCUGGGGAGGUACUUGGCAUACACCUUGGCUGCUCUUGGUUUGUGUCUCCACAUGAAGGGCAGGGACUACCCAGGGGAGAAGGGUUCCCUCUGGGUGUCCUGAACACAGGGAGUGUCCUUCCUGCUUGUUCCCUGCCCUGGGAGGUAGGGUCUGUGAUCCAUCAGCUGUGGCCAAGAGUGCAAGGUCUGGGGUGGUCCUUAGUUUUCCAGACCCCCUCUCCCUGCCCUUGUGCAGACCCAGGGCUGGCUGGGUAGCUGUUGGGAGGCUGGCCUGGCCCAGGCCUUCAUGACAGCGGAGACCCAAGUGGGAGGGGGCCUUAUACACCCCCAGCUCUGCCUACCCUGCCUCCCUCCCUGCUGUAUAACUCAUUACUCAUGUGUGCCCUCACCAUGGUGAGACCCCUAUUCCCUCACCUAGAUCCCAGAGUGCAUCUCUCUGCUGCAUCCACAGCCUACCCUUCAGCCCCUUCCCUGCAUGACCCUGAUAACCAUGCCGGCUGGGUGACACACUUGGCUCUCCUGGGGAGGCCCUUUGGGGGGGGUGGGGGUACCGGCAGGGUCCUGGCCUGGUAGAAAGUGGCCAGGGAAGCAAGUUAAGCCUCUAGCCACGAUGCAGGUGCCUGUAACUGACUACUGACUGGCCGCAGGUCCCGCCCACCAGCCCGCCCCUAUGACCAACAUGAGCUGGGGCUUCCUGACACGGCUGCUGGAGGAGAUCCACAACCACUCCACCUUCGUGGGCAAGGUCUGGCUCACGGUGUUGGUGGUCUUCCGCAUAGUGCUCACGGCCGUGGGCGGUGAAUCCAUCUACUCAGAUGAGCAGGCAAAAUUCACCUGCAACACCCGGCAGCCUGGCUGCGACAAUGUCUGCUACGACGCCUUUGCGCCCCUGUCGCACGUGCGCUUCUGGGUUUUCCAGAUUGUGGCUAUCUCCACGCCUUCCGUACUGUACCUGGGCUAUGCUGUGCAUCACCUGGCGCGCGUCUCUGAGCAGGAGCGGAGGCGUGCUUUGCGCCGCCGAGCUGGGGCCCGCCGCAUGUCUCGUGCGCACCUGCCACCAGCACCUCCUGGCUGGCCCGAGCCUGCCGAACUGGGCGAAGAGGAGCCCAUGCUGGGCCUGGGUGAGGAUGCAGAGGAUGAGCCAGGAGUGCCGGAGGACCCUGCAGAGUGUGCUGAAGAAGAGCGUGCGGGAGAAGCAGCCGCCAAGGGGGCGGGAGGGGGCGGAGAGGUAGCAACCCUGGGCCCCGCAGCACAGCACGACGGGAGGAGGCGCAUCCAGCGUGAGGGCCUGAUGCGUGUGUACGUGGUGCAGCUGGUGGUCAGGGCGGCCCUUGAAGUGGCCUUCCUUGUGGGCCAGUACUUGUUGUAUGGUUUUGAGGUGCGGCCUUUCUUUGCCUGCAGCCGCCAACCAUGCCCCCAUGUUGUGGACUGCUUCGUGUCACGCCCCACCGAGAAAACUGUCUUCCUGUUGGUCAUGUAUGUGGUCAGUUGCCUGUGCUUGCUGCUGAACCUGUGUGAGAUGGCGCACCUGGGCCUGGGAAGCGCGCAGGAUGCCGUGCGUGGCCCACAGGUCCCAGGCACUGGGCCUGUGUCUCGCACAGUGCCCUGUGCCUUCCCUACCACUGGCUUGGCCUGCCCCCCUGACUACAGCGUGGUUGUGCGGGCGGCAGCGCGCACUCACGACCAGAACCUGGCCAACCUGGCCCUGCAGGCUCUGCGUGACGGGGCGACAGCUGCUGAGCAAGAAAGUCCGCCUUGCUCUGGGUUUCCUGCUGUCCCUAGGCUGUCCCCCAGGGCCGGCGUGCCAGCUUCUGGGACCGGAAGUGCCAUGUCUGGGGGCACCGUGGGAGAGCUGGGCCGUGCUGGGCCGCUAGAGAGGUUGGGUGCCAAGCCCAGGGCUGGCUCUGACAAAGGCAGUGCUGGUAGCAGGGAUGGAAAGACCACCGUUUGGAUUUGAACUCGCCUGUGGUGGUUCGAUGGACAACUGCUUCUCCUCAGCUUCAGAUGGCAGGGGACAGGAAAGGGCUGGGUUCCUGCGGCAGCCCUGGCUUGCUGGGGUGAGGAGAAUGGGAGCCACGAAGGAUUGUCAGCUCUGGUCUGUGGUGGUGAGGGGUGGGGCAGUGGGGCAGGGCCCUGACCCUCAUUUCAGUGCCCUGGCCAUCCAGCCUGAGUCUCCUCCUGUCUGCCCCCAGGGAGCACAGAGCCCCUUUCCCAGGCCCUACUCUGGUUCCUGCAGAGAACCAGCUCUUCUUGGCAGGAAGCUGA